AUGGGGGGCCAGCUCUCCUCCCAGGCUGACGUCAAGGCGCCCCAGGAGACACUUCGCUUCCACGCUGAGGCCAAAGGCACGCAGGUGCGUCUAGACGCCCAGCGGAGCAUCGCGUGCAGGAGCGCCACGUUCCACGACGGCAUCGUGUUCAGCCAGCGGCCGGUGCCCCCAGGCGAGCAGGUGGUGCUCCGCGUGGUGUGGCACGAGGGCGGCUGGUACGGCGGGCUCCGCGUGGGCUUCACGCGCCUGGACCCCGCGCAGGUGUCCGUGCCCAGCCUGCCGCCCUUCGUGUGCCCGGACCUGGAGCAGCAGAGCCCGACGUGGGCGGCCAUGCUCCCCGAGGGCUGUGUGCUGGCGGGGGACGUGGUCUGCUUCUGGGUGAACCGCAGGGGCCGCCUCUUCGUCAGGGUCAACGGGGGUCGCCGGCUCCUGCUGCGCAAGGGCGUGCUCAUGGGCGCCCCGCUCUGGGCCGUGAUGGACCUGUACGGGACCACCAAGGCCAUCACGCUACUGGAUCCCACAGCCAGUGCCUAUCCCUCAACUGUGCCAUGGGUCCUCAGUGACGAGACUCUGCAGACCGAAGCCGCGACAGGAGAGGAAUGUGCCAUCUGCUUCCACCAUGCCGCCAAUGCCUGCCUUGUUCCCUGUGGCCACACAAACUUCUGCAGCUCCUGUGCCUUGCGGGUCUUUAAGGACUUGGCCAAGUGCCCUGUAUGUCGGUGGGAGAUCAAGGCUGUGAUCCCUGGGAAGGGCCUCCUGAUGCAGGUGACAAGUUGAAUCUAGCUCUGAGCUCCGCCUCUCCAGAGGGAGGAGGUGCAGCCCCACCUUAGUUCUGGAGAAGAGUCAGAAAAGCUGGUCGUCAACAAGAGAUGGAGGCAGGGAGACAAUGACUCUUUCAUCCUCACCAACAGUUUGGGGUCAGUGGGGCAAGGAGGAGCCCCUUUUUCUGCCCACACCAGAACUAUCUUCCUAGUAGGGUUCCUGUAGAAUGUGGUUCAGUAGUGGGCCAGCAGGCUUCUCGUCCCCCCUGCUUGGCUCCAGAUUCGUUUGUGCCCAGGGCUUACCUGGGCUUUUGGCUGGCCACCUGGUACAGCCACCAUAGUCCUAGCUAUCCUGGUACACAUAAGUCACAUCAAUGAGAAGGACUUUUGCACAGAGAUGGGACAGCCUGAUCCCUGGCUUUAUAACUGUGGAAGUUAAGGUAACUGUGUGUAUCUAGUGAAAUCCCAGCCCACCUCUGGGUAUUGAGAAGCCUGGACCAGACACAGAGAGGUAUCUGGAAUGUUUACAGUCUUGUGCAGAAGCUGGGUCACCUCUGACGAGUCUUCCAUAAAGUGGAUAGUAGUUUCCCGCCUGCCUGCCUUGUAGGGUGAUUGUGAGGUUCCAGUGAGAUCGCGUAGGUGAAGAUGUUUCCGCACAUAAGACUCCACUGUCAUUGCUCUGCCUAUUUCCUUGCCGAAUUCUGA